UACACUGGCCUGCAAAACUUCAUCCCAUAAAUUAAUAGAACUAUGGAAGAAGCAUGGCAUGCAAAACUUUCGCAUGACCGUUGGCUCUGAGGAAUGGGUGCUGCUCACAGAUCCGGAUGAUGUUGCGAUAAUACUGAAUCACCCAACAGAACUCUCAAAGCCAGUUGAGAGGAACGCCGCAAUGAUGCCAUUUUUCGGGAACUCUGUCUCAACAUCUGAAGGAGAACGAUGGAAAUCAACGCGCAAAUUGAUGGCCCCAAGCUUUAGCUACAAAACCUUAGAGAAGAGAAUUGAGCACGUAAAUAAAUACUGCGGACGUCUGUUUGAAAUACUCGACAAUCACCGUGAUGAUGACGACAUUGAUAUGUACAAAUAUCUAAGACCCUACAUGUUUGAUAUUUUAUGUCACUCGUUAAUGGGCGUUGACUAUAACCUCUUAGAUGAUUUGCAACAUCCUUACUUAGAAGCUAGCAAUAAGGUUGUAAAUAUAAUAACACAAAACUUUUUCUCAUAUUGGAGGAAUAUACGGAUGAUAUUUAUGCUGACUCCAUUUUAUAAAGAAAUGCAAGACACGAUCAGAACAAUCAAAGACACAAGCACAGACAUCAUAAGGCAAAGAAAAGUGAAAUUAAAUCAACUGAUCGAGGAUACAAAAAAUAACAACCGAAAUGUAGAUGAUGAUGUGGAGCAACUCAUUGAAGACAAAGUAUCAGAUGAUGCUUGUCUAUUGGACAAAUUCUUAUUAAGUAAGUCUAAUAACGGUGAUCCAACUCCAGAUGAAAUAAUCAAUGAAGAAUUAACUCUUGUAUGUUGGACGGGUCAUUAUACAACCACGAUGACAAUGGCCCAUACAUUGUACUGUUUGGCCAAACAUCCUGAAGUACAACGAAGAGUAUUUGAGGAGCAAAUAGCAAUCUUCAAAGCUGACUUAAACAAACAAGCAACUAACCAUGAUUUAAAUGAAAUGAAGUAUUUAGAAGCUGCUAUUAAAGAAAGCAUUCGAGUUAUACCAACCGUAACUAAAAUUGGACGUCAACUUAAUAAUGAUCUUAAAUUCACAGGUGAUAAAGUUAUACCUGCAGACACCACCGUUUUGGUCUUUUAUGAAGCAAUAUACAAGGAUCCGAAAUUAUUUCCAGAACCAGAAAAAUAUUAUCCUGAAAGAUUCUUUAGCUCUAUGCACAAUCACGCUUUCGUUCCAUUUAGUGCUGGACCCAGGAACUGUUUAGGUUUCCGGUAUGCAUGGGCAGCUAUGAAAGCAACGUUGUCUAAUAUGAUACGGAAAUACGAAUUAACACUUGGCAAUCCCGGAACCGAACCACAAUUUGCAUACAGAAUUAUAACAGAGUCAACAAACGGAGUUCACCUUAAAUUAAAGCGACGAAAAAAAUAAAUACAAGAUUGAAGUAAUGGCGGAGCAACCAAGACUUGACUGGAGAGUAAUAAAGACUAAAAAGAAGCAGAAUUCUCAAAUAUAAAUAUAACUUGAAUGUAAUUUAAUACAAGACUUUGUAACUCUCUACAUUAUUAUCUCUUCAACAAAACAUUGUUGAACAAUGUUUCCGCUUUUAUGUUUUGAAAAACCCAAGUUCAUUGUAUAGUUUAUUGGUAUAUAAAUUUUGUGAUUAUCCUUUCCCCAAGGCUCAAAUUUCAAACUUUUUAUAUGAUUGAUGGAGCAUUGCAGUCUCUCAGAACUUAGAACAAGUUAUAAGCGGAGUGUCACUAAACAUCUUGCUAAAGAUGGCAAAAUUUGAUUAGUUGCAGUUUGAUAUGCCUUUUCAACGUACAAUAGAAAAACUUGUUUUAUCAUUAGAUACUACCAACUGAACUUACUUGAUUGCGUUUAUGUUUGUAAAACAUUAUUUGUUUAUUUAUUAAUAAAUAAUUAUACGUGAUGAGUUGAAGUU